CUUCUCAUUCACACAUCAAAUCCUCUCCCCUCACACAAAAAAAGAAUAUCACACAAACUCUUCUUAGCCAGUUGUCCUUAUAAUAUAAACAAAGACCAUAUAAACUUUCCUGAAAAAAAAAACUAAAACCCAGCAUCUACUUUUCUGAUCAAAUUCUCUCAGAAAAACAUCCCAUAGCUGCGUGGAGAUGGCGACAAAGAUCAUGCGUAUGCACGCAAAGAUGCGCGCAGGGUUCUGCGUGAGUCGCCGCGCCGUGGCGCACGUUUCCGCGCGGUCCCCACUUCAUCAGACGUACAAGAGGAAGCCGGGAGGCAGUCUGAUACGGUCUGAAGAGGAGAGGGGCGAGUUUUCGAGCAAAAGCAGCACGGAGAUGAGCUUCAACAGUGAGGAGGAGGAGUCAACAAUGGCAGACUCUGAAUGUGGGAAUAAUAACCGGGUGAUGGUUGUGGUUGAUCAGAGCCUUGAAGCCAGACGUGCCCUGCAAUGGACGCUGUCCCACACUGUUCAGAGCCAGGAUACUGUUAUACUCCUGCAUGUAACCAAGCCAUCAUCAAAACAAGGUGGAAAUACCAGCAAUGGCAUCAAUCAAAGACCAUAUGAACUUCUUUCCUCGAUGAAAAAUAUGUGUCAAACAAGAAGACCAGGGGUACAUGUGGAGAUACUAAUCCGAGAAGGAAAAGAAAAAGAGCUUGUGAUUGUCCAAGCAGCCAAACAACAAAAGGUCUCUCUUCUGGUCUUAGGACAAAGAAAAAGGUCAACAAUGUCGCGCCUGCAUACCAUGUGGUCAGCAGGGAAAAGGGUGCACCCUAACGUUGUGAACUACUGUAUUCAAAAUGCCGAUUGUAUGACGAUAGCAGUAAGAAAGAAAAGCAGGAAACAUGGAGGAUAUUUGAUUACCACAAAGUGCCACAAGAACUUCUGGCUGUUGGCGUAGUCAAAAAAAACAAACACUUCUGUCAUGUCACUUUAGUCGGCAUCCGGAUUCUUGCUGGCCUAGAUGCGACGCCGCUGCACGGGAGAUAUAUGGUUACCUUGUUUUCAAAAACAUGUCAGAAUCAAUUAUCUAUGUAGCUUCUUUUGUCUUGAAAAAACUAGGGUAGUUUCU